CCCAAACCCAGGAGAGGGAGAGAGAGAGAGAGAGAGAGAGAGAGAGAGAGAGAGAGUCGCCGGUGGCGAUGGAUCCACUCGCCGUGCUCCGCGAUUACGCCGCCCGCAACGAGCUGGACAAGAUCAUCUUCACCGCUGAAGACAUCCUCUUCGGCUCCGACUACUCAUUCCCGGCCUCCACCCCGACCGCCUUCACCUCCAAGCAGUCGGGCCGCCCCUAUCCGCUCUCCGCCGCCGUCUUCCUCGCGCAGCACCACGACCUCAAGCACACCGACUUCAUCCAGGCCGCGCGCCUCCGCCGCAUCCCGCCAGUCUCCCUCCCCGACCGCAAGACCUUCCUCGACUUCCUUCGCUUCGGCCACAACUCCCUCCCCUCCACCGACCCGCUCCUCCCCUCCGCCUUCCCCCCGCCGUCGCAGGAGCCCCACCUCCACCACCCGCCCUCGCCGACGCCUGAGGACCCCGACGCCGGCGCCGAGGAGCCGGUCACGGGGGCCCACAUCCGCCUCCUCGAGCGGCCGUUCAAGGACCGCAACGCCCUCCUCGACGCCCGCGGCCGCGACUUCCACGCCGUGCUCCAGAACGCCCUGCGCCGGCACGACGAGCAGCGCAAAGGCGGCGGCAAGGACGCGGCGCCCUCGCGCCACGAGCCCUCCGCCGCCGCCGUCGCCCUGGCGAAGCCCAAGGUGGAGAAGUCCCUCGGCGACGGCGUCGUUCCCAUCAUCCUCGUGCCCAGCGCCUCGCAGACGCUCAUCACGAUCUACAACGUCAGGGAGUUCCUCGAGGACGGGGUGUUCGUGCCCAGCGAGGAGAGGAUGCGGGCGAUGAAGGGUGGGAAGCCGGAGAGCGUCACAGUGCAGAAGAAGCUGAUUCGUGGGGAGAGGGCGGGCGCGACGGGGGGCUCGGUGUCCUUCGAGGUAAGGGACAAGCCGGCUUCGCUCAAGUCCGAUGAUUGGGGGCGGGUGGUGGCCGUGUUUGUGCUCGGCAAGGAGUGGCAGUUCAAGGACUGGCCUUUCAAGGACCAUGUUGAGAUCUUCAACAGAGUUAUUGGCUUCUAUGUGCGCUUCGAAGAUGAUAGUGUGGAGGCAGCCAAGGUGGCCAAACAGUGGAAUGUGAAAAUCAUAUCUAUAAGUAAAAAUAAAAGGCACCAAGACAGAACAGCUGCUCUUGAGGUAUGGGAGCGAUUGGAGGAAUUUAUGCGGGCGCGCGCAUAAUUGAAGUACCCUGUGUACCAUUAUUGAUCGUUCCGACUGUUAAAGGUCCAAAUGUUACGUUGAGCACCUGAGGCAUGCUUUAUGCUUGUUGGAUUACUGAUGGCCAGAACUGUUAUGCCAUUAUUUGUCAAAAGGAAAAAGAAGAGAGGAGAGAACAACUAUUCUGAUUCAACCUCAUAAUUCUCGGUGACGGUAGAUGGCAGAAAGGGAUGGAAGCUACGCCCAUGAAGACCCCAACUUGUGUACACUAGGAUAUUAGGCUAUCAUUUGUUCAAUAUAUAUCUAACAUUGUACUGCAGAUUUCUUAUUUUCUAGGCAAGUGGAGAUAUGCUUGCAAGUUGCACCUGAAAUUCUCUUAGCAAGUACAUUUCUUGAUGGUUCUCUAUCUACUUCGUACAGAGUUGCUGGAGGGAAUGUUGCGCUCCUGUCAUAUUUGAGCAAGUGUAUGAGAAACAUUUGUAUCUAAGGUUUAUUUUUGAAAAAAAUUAUCUGCUUCAGUUGCUCCUUGUAAUUUAAGCACCGGCCUGAUGUAUGGACUAUGCAUCUACCAGGAUCUGAUCUCCGGGCAUCUGUUUUGGUACAGUGGAGAUUCUGUAGAAUGAAGGUUUUUAUUGCGACUGCACAAAAGUAGAGUGCAGUUUUAACU